AUGUGCCGGCUGGGUAUGUACCGGCCGCCCUGGCCAGCUUGGCGAAACUGUGAAGGCACAGCUUUAGAACGACGGAAGACCCUGCCUUUCUUCUGCUUCUGCUGGAUACAUAAUGUUGGAUAUGUCAGUCAUGUAUCCCCUGUGAGAGCAGGCCCGUCGUACAACUUAAGAUCCAUCGAUGUGGAAGAUGCCACAAACAAAAGAAAAAUCCAAGUCAAUCUAUGGGGAGAGGACAACAAGCAGGACAUUCCACAGCCUGGCACUUUGGUGACCGUUCAGAACCUCGUCACGGCUACCUAUCGUGACAUGGUAGUACUCAACGCUACACAGGAAACUGAUAUUCAAGAAACUGAAAUGGCAUGUAGCUCAUCAAAAGUCACUAUUGUGGCAAUCACCGAAGAAAGUGGCAACAUCAUCUUCAUGGAUGAGAAAAACACCGAAUACCAGACAACGGUGGAGCUCUUCUCGGAAUGCACACAUUAUGUUGACAUCAGAGACGCACUCCACCUAUUGCCCCUCGAUGUACAGGUCACUGUCACAAAUGUUCGAGGAAAAAACAACGUAACAUCCAUUGCAACAUAUGACAGUUCUGACGUCGACUCCCAACUGCCUAACAACCCAAGCGAGUAAAGGAACAAACUGUUAAUGGAACCCACCUGGUUCUAAGCCUAUUCGGUAGAUAGUUACUUCAGUCGACUUACAAAGUUGUUUGAUGGAACCCACCUGGUUCUAAGCCUAUUCAGUAGAUAGUUACUUCA